UCAGCCUGAUGCCUCUACUCAGCCUGAAGCCUCUACUCCAGCCUGAAGCCUCUACAUACUCAGCCUGAAGCCUCUACUCAGCCUGAAGCCUCUACUCAGCCUGAUGCCUGCAUUCAGCCUGAUGCCGCUACUCAGCAUGAUGAACUGAUCCAGCCUGGACGAUCCUAUUAGGCCAGUUGACUCGAUGCCCGCUGUUGAUCCAGAUGAUCCGGUACCUGAUCCAGUGCCCGCUGUCGUGCCAAUUGACUCAGAGCCCGCUGUCAUACUGUUGACUCGGUGCCCGCAGUCUUGCCAGACGACUCGGUGC